AUGCAAUUUGAGCAGCUCCUGCUCGAUCACAUGAACCUAAGAAAUGUCAUUGCACCUGACCCCGGCGCGGCGGCGCCUCCGGGUGUCGCUGUUGGCCGCCGCCGAGCGGCGCUGGAGCCGCCGCCGCCGCCGCCGCAGCGUCCUGCCCCCGCAGGCUGCUCGCUCGCCCGGCGCCGGCCACAGCGGCAGCGGCACCGGCGGCAGCGGCAAGAGGCGGCGGAAAGCGGCGGAGAGAGGCGGAGAGAGGCGGAGAGAGGCGGGCAGCAGCGGCGUCCGAGUGCGGCCCGAGCGGCCUCGCCGCGCUGCCUUUCGGCGAUCCGUGCGGUGUGCGGCGAGAGCGGCCGGAAGGGAGCGGCGGGGCAGCGGCGGGAGGCAGCGGCGCGGCUCGGCACGGGCGGCGGGCGAGCGCUGCCGGCCGCGGUGCUGCUGUGCCUGUGGUGGCGGGCGGCGGCCGAGCGGGUCCGCUACGCCAUCCCCGAGGAGCUGGGCAGAGGCUCGCUCGUGGGGCCGCUGGCGCGGGACCUGGGGCUCAGCGCGGACGAGCUGCCGGCGCGCAAGCUGCAGGUGGCGUCUGGCGGCAAGAAGCAGCUGAAAUACUUCACGGUGAAUGAGGAGAACGGGAACCUGUACGUGAAUGAGCGGCUGGAUCGGGAGGAGAUGUGCGGCGCAGCGGCGACCUGUUCUGUCAGCUUCGAGGCUUUAGUGCAGAACCCACUGAACGUUUUCCACGUCGAAGUGUCCAUCCAGGACGUGAAUGAUAACUCUCCCGUCUUCAGCAAGGGCGAUCUGCGUCUCGAUAUUGGUGAAUGGAGUGUUCCCGGUGCUCGUUUUCCUUUGGAGAUGGCACGAGAUGCAGACGUGGGAAAGAACUCACUCCUGACUUACCAGCUCACCAGCACUCCUUCAUUUUCACUGUCCAUGAGAGAAAAGCCGGGUGGAAAGAAGCAACCGGAAUUAGUGCUAGAGAGAGGAUUGGACCGAGAGAAGCAGAGCUCCUUUGAGUUGGUGCUGACAGCAGUGGACGGCGGGGAACCAGCGAGGUCCGGGACAGUCCAGGUUCGCAUAAACGUGACGGACGCAAAUGACAACCCACCCGUGUUCAGCAAAAGCGUCUACGAGGCGCGAGUUGCAGAGAAUCUGCCGGCGGGGUCGCUGGUGCUGCGGGUUCGUGCCACAGAUGCGGACGCGGGCACGAACGGGCGAGUCUCCUACUCCUUCGGCAACGUCCCAGAAGGAGUCCGCUUGUUGUUUGCCGUCGACAGCGAGAGUGGUGAGGUCAAGACAGUGGGUCCUCUCGAUUUCGAGGAGGAAAAUAAAUACGUUUUUGUCUUAGAGGCUACAGACGGCGGAGGGCUCACUGAUCACUGCGAAGUGCAGAUCGACAUCACGGACGAGAACGACAACGCGCCCGAAAUCACCAUUCUGACACUGUCGAGCCCCGUGCCCGAGGACGCGCCGGUCGGCACCGUGGUGGCCUUGCUGAAUGUGAAGGAUCCGGACUCUGGGGAGAACGGUCAGGUGUGGUGCGAGCUGUCGGGCGAGGCGCCGCUGUCGAUCGUGGCGUCGGCGGGCGGCUCGUACAAGGUGGUGACGGCGAGCGCGCUGGACCGCGAGCAGGCGUCCGAGCACCGCGUGACGGUGGUGGCCCGCGACCGGGGCAGGCCGGCGCUGCGGAGCAGCAGGGAGCUGGCGCUGGAGGUGUCGGACGUGAACGACAACGCGCCGGUGUUCGAGGAGGCGGCGUACAGCGCGUACGUGGCGGAGAACAACGCGGCGGGCGCGCUGGUGCUGCGCGUGCAGGCGCGGGACGCGGACGCGGGCGCCAACGGGCGCGUGAGCUACUGGCUGGCGGGCGGCAGCGCGGGCGCGGCGGGCGCGGCGCCGCUCGUGUCGGUGGAGGCGCGGAGCGGCGCGCUGUACGCGCAGCGCUCCUUGGACUACGAGCAGUGCCGCGAGUUCGCGGUGGCGGUGCGGGCGCAGGACGGCGGCGCGCCGGCGCGCAGCUCCACGGCCACGGUGCGCGUGUUCGUGCUGGACCGCAACGACAACGCGCCGCGGGUGCUGUGGCCGGCGGCGACAGCGGGAGGGGCCGCGGCGGCCGCCCCGACGGCGUUCGAGGUGGUGCCGCGCUCGGCCGAGGCCGGCUACCUGGUGGCCAAGGUGGUGGCGGUGGACGCGGACGCGGGGCGCAACGCGUGGCUGUCGUACGAGCUGGUGCAGGCGUCGGAGCCGGCGCUGUUCCGCGUGGGGCCGCACAGCGGCGAGGUGCGCACGGCGCGGGCCGUGUCCGAGCGGGACGCGGCCAAGCAGCGUGUGGUGGCCGUGGUGAAGGACCACGGGCGGCCGCCGCUGUCGGCCACGGCCACGCUGCACGUGGUGCUGGCCGAGAGCUUGCAGGAGGCGCUGCCGGAGCUGAGCGAGCGGCCGGCGGGCGCCGAGGAGGCGGCGGCGGCCGAGCUGCAGUUCUACCUGGUGCUGGCGCUGGCGCUGCUGUCGGCGCUCUUGGUGCUGAGCGUGGCUCUGGCCGUGCUGGCGCGGCUGCGCCGGGCCGGGCCGCCCGCCGUGCUGCGCUGCCUGGGCGCGCAGCGCUUCUCGGUGGCCGGCGCCGCCUUCCCGGCCGACUUCUGCGAGGGCACCUUGCCCUACUCCUACAACCUGUGCGUGGCGGCGCCGGCCCGCGCCGUGCCCGAGGCCUCUUGGCCCCCCCCGCCGCCGGUGCCCGUGCUGUCAGCGGAGGAGCUUCUGGGCGGCGAGUCCUGCGAGAAGCCGAGCCCCGACGACAGCGCUAUUGUGGAUGAGGUGCCCACUGAGCCGGGAGCAGCUCAGGCGGUGUCCGUGCUGUCUGCGGUGGAGCUUCUGGGCGGGGAUUCCUGCGAGAAACCGAACCUGAGUAGUGGCGCCGUGACGGGAGGGUUGCCCGCCGAGGCUGAAGUACCUCAGAAGAGCUGGAUGUUAGACAAGUCGAGGAAGAAGGUCCGCGAUGCACGGGACCCCACGUCUCUGGGGUUUCUGUCCCGUUCCCGCGAGUUCUCCGUGGACAAGGAAGCACCGCAGCGCUCGGUGCUGCAGUGCCGGGAGGAGGCUGCGGGCGCCGCUGUUGACCGAGAGGAGCGAGAGGAAGCUCGGAGCGCUGCAGCCCCGCCCGCUGCGGUGCAGACCCGUGCUACGGAGCCGGUGAGCAGAGGAUCCGCUGCGAAACCUCAGCAAGAGCAGGUACCUGAGCAGCAGGCUGCCGUUCCUCAGCGGCAGCGGGGAGCUGCCACGGCGGAGAUGUUCUCGGCGGGGAGGCGCUGGGGCCGGCGGCAGCGAGCUCUGCUCUGGGUGAUCCUGCUGGCGGCGGGGGAGGCGGCGUGGGGGCAGCUGCGCUACUCGGUGCCCGAGGAGAUGCCCAAGGGCUCGUUCGUGGGCGACGUGGCCAAGGACCUGGGGCUGCAGCUGCUGGACCUCCGAGAUCGCGGCUUUCGCUUAAUAGAAAGAGGUAGGACGCAGUAUUUUGCUCUGCAUGGGAAGACGGGACAUUUAGUGACUGCGGAGAGGAUCGACAGAGAGCAGCUGUGCGAGCGUGUGCAGCAAUGCGUGCUGCGUUGUGAGCUGAUAGUGGAGGGGGAAAUGAAGUUCUAUGAAAUCGAAGUGGAAAUCACGGAUAUUAACGAUAACGCGCCCAGAUUCCGAGAGACAGAAAUAGAUCUCAGAAUGAUCGAGAUGACAGCCCCGGGAUCGCGGUUUGCACUGCCAGACCCUCAUGAUCCGGACUCUGGCCGGAAUUCCCUGCAGAGCUACGAGCUGAGCGGUGACGAGCACUUCUCGCUGGCCGUGCAGGCGGGCCCCGGCGGCGAUCAGCGUCCCGAGCUGGUGCUGGCGAAGGCGCUGGACCGGGAGGAGGCGGCGUUUCACGAGCUGGUGCUGAGGGCGAGUGACGGCGGCGAUCCGGCACGGACGGGCACGGCUCGGAUCCGUGUUACAGUGGUGGAUGCGAACGACAACGCGCCGGUGUUCAGCCAGGCGGAGUACACGGUGCGUGUGCCCGAGGACGUGCCCGUGGGCUCCGUCCUCGUCAUCGUCACGGCCACGGACAAUGAUGAAGGGGUGAACGGUCACGUGAAAUACUCAUUUAAGAAAAUCACAGAGAAAGAGUCGAAUAUUUUCCAUCUGGACUCUGAGACUGGAGCGAUCAGUCUGUUGCAGAGGCUGGACUUCGACGACGGGGCCUCAUACGGGCUGGAGGUGCAGGCACAUGAUGCUGGAACACUUUUCGACACGGCGAAUCUCAGAAUAAUCGUGACAGACGUCAACGACAAUGCUCCUGAACUGACCGUAUCCUCAGCCCUGUCAGAGAUCUCUGAGGACGCCCCGCCCGGGACGGUGGUCGCCCUGCUACACGUGCAGGACCGGGACUCGGGGGCCAACGGCGAGGUGCGCUGCUCGCUCGAAGGGGAUGUCCCGUUCCGGCUGCAGAGCUCCCACGGCGGCUACUACAGCGUGGUGACAGCGGGCGAGCUGGACCGGGAGCAGGUGUCGGAGUACAACGUGACGGUGCGGGCGGCCGACGGCGGGUCGCCGUCGCUGCAGAGCAGCGCGGUGCUGGCGCUGCGGGUGCUGGACGUGAACGACAACGCGCCGGUGUUCGCGGAGGAGCGCUACAGCGCGCGGCUGGCGGAGAACAACGCGGCGGGCGCGCUGGUGCUGACGGUGCGCGCGACGGACGCGGACUGGGGGCAGAACGCGCGCGUGCGCUACCGGCUGUCGGAGGGGCGGGUGCGGGGCGCGCCGCUGUCGUCGUACGUGUCGGUGCAGGCGGAGACGGGCGCGCUGUACGCGCUGCGCUCCUUGGACUACGAGCAGGUGCGCGAGCUGCGGCUGUGGGUGCGCGCGGAGGACGGCGGCGCGCCGGCGCUGAGCGGCAACGUGUCGGUGCUGCUGCUGAUCGCGGACGAGAACGACAACGCGCCGCAGGUGCUGUACCCGCCGCCGGCCGCGGCGGCGUCGCGGGGCUCGGGCGCGGCGCGGUCGGUCGUGGAGCUGGCGCCGCGCUCGUCGCCGGCCGGCGCGCUGGUGGCCAAGGUGGUGGCGGUGGACGCGGACGCGGGUCAGAACGCGUGGCUGUCGUACGAGCUGGCCAAGGCCACGGAGCCGGGGCUGUUCCGCGUGGGGCCGCACAGCGGCGAGGUGCGCACGGCGCGCUCGCCGCUGGCCCGCGACGCGGCGCGCCACAGCCUGGUGGUGCUGGUGAAGGACCACGGGCGGCCGGCGCUGUCGGCCACGGCCACGCUGAGCGUGGUGCUGGCCGAGAGCGUGGCCGAGCUGCUGGCCGAGCUGGGCGGCGCGGCCGACGAGGCGGCGGCGCCGGGCGAGCCGGCCGGCAGCCUGACGCGCUGGCUCGUGCUGGCCGUGGCCGCCGUGUCCUGCCUCUUCCUCGCCUUCCUGCUGCUGCUGCUGGCGCUGCGCCUGCGCCGCUGGCGCCGCCAGCAGCUGCUGCCGCCCGACAGCGGCGCCUCCUUGCGCGGCGUGCCCGUCUCGCACUUCGUGGGCAUCGACGGCGUGCGCGCCUUCCUGCAGUCCUACUCGCACGAGGUGUCGCUCACGGCCGACUCGCGCGAGAGCCGGCUGCGCUUCUCGGCCGCCGCCGCCUGCUGCGACACCCUCCCGGCCCGCCCGCUGCCCGACGAGCCCGCGCCGCUGCUCGGGGACGAGGACCCUGCCGCCGCCCUUCCCGUCGAUCCCGCCGCUCCCUCGAAGUUUGAAAUUUCUUCACAGCUCUCUAAUGGCCAAAGAGAUGUAUCCUUCACCCUCACUACAGAGAUCUAA